UAUACGUAACCAGUCCUUCCCUACUCUCUCGCACUGUUUCUGGGAAUUGUAGUUAAAUGGUUCUCCAUUCUGGGUUUGCGUGUAUUAUUGACUUCAUAGUUUAAAACACUGACGCUUCCGGUAAGCUGCAGUGACUCAGGCUGUAUGAUAGCAACAAGAACCGUGAUACUAUAAACCUGAAACCGGUAACAACAUGUUUUCCUUCAACAUGUUUGACCACCCGAUGCCUCGGGUCUUUCACAGAUUUAAUACACAAUAUCGCUGUUUCUCGGUGUCCAUGUUGGCCGGACCAAACGACCGAUCUGAUGUUGAGAAAGGGGGGAAGAUCAUCAUGCCUCCAUCUGCUCUGGAUCAGCUGAGUAGACUUAACAUUACAUACCCCAUGCUCUUCAAGCUAACAAACAAAAAUUCAGACAGGAUGACACACUGUGGAGUUCUAGAGUUUGUAGCAGAUGAAGGGAUAUGUUACCUGCCUCAUUGGAUGAUGCAGAAUUUGUUGCUGGAAGAGGGGGGUCUUGUGCAAGUGGAGAGCGUCAACCUACAAGUAGCUACAUACUCCAAGUUCCAGCCACAGAGCCCUGACUUUCUUGAUAUCACUAACCCCAAAGCAGUAUUAGAAAAUGCCUUGAGGAACUUUGCAUGUCUCACUACUGGAGAUGUCAUCGCUAUAAACUACAAUGAUAAGAUCUACGAGUUGAGAGUGAUGGAGACCAAGCCUGACAAAGCUGUAUCAAUCAUAGAGUGUGACAUGAAUGUGGAUUUUGAUGCCCCUUUGGGAUACAAAGAGCCAGAGAGACACUCACAACAGGAAGAGCCAACAGACAUUGAACCAGAUCACAGCGAUUAUGUACCAGAUCUGGGAUUCAGGGCGUUCACUGGUCAGGGUAAUAGACUGGAUGGGAAAAAGAAAGGGAUUGACCCCAGUCCCUCCCCUAUAAAACCAGAAGAUAUAAAGAGAGGAAUCCCUAACUAUGAAUUCAAGAUUGGAACUAUCACUUUCAUCAGAAACUCUCGGCCCCAAGCAAAGAAAGUGGAAGAAGAUGAUGCUGUGAGCCGCUUUAUUGCUUUCUCAGGAGAAGGACAGUCCUUACGUAAGAAAGGCAGGAAGCCUUAAAGGACUGUACAGUGUGGGGAAUAAAUUAUGUUACAGCA